AGCAAACCGAGGUAGAGCUCACUUUCCUUAUCCAAAAGAACCACACAGGAAGGCCACAGGCAACGUAAACUAGGAAACCCCCAAAGCCAAAAAGAUUGCAGAUUUCCUUUCAAUCAAAACGAAAAUGCCCCUCCUUCUCUCCAAUCCUCUCACCUCGCUCUCUUCACUUCCCCCCUUUUCAUCUCCAACUUUGGCCUUCAUUGCAACACCAGUUUCCAGGCUGGACGUGAAAGCCUUUGAAUUAAAGUUUAAGACUUGGAAUGGAGUCCGGUUUCAAAACCCAAUUCGUGGAAACAGAAUUGGUGCAGUUAUUGUGAGAGCUUCUUCGGAUAUUGAUGGAACCGCUCCUACAGAGACAAGUGAGCCUCCUGUAGAAAGUAAAGAGGAGGUUGUGGCAGUUGAUAAGUUGCCAUUGGAGUCAAAGUUACAGGAGAGAGAAGAACAGAAGAUGAAGAUGAAAUUGGCGAGAAAGAUCAGGCUUCGAAGGAAUAGGCUUGUUAGGAAGAGGAGGAUGAGAAAGAAGGGUCGUUGGCCGCCUUCUAAGAUGAAGAAGUUGAAGAAUGUCUGAGCGUUACCUCAAGGUUCUGCUUGCAGGUUUAGUGCUGAUCCUUUUGGUUCUCAUGUAAUUCAUUUUGAUUUUUCUAGUUUCAAUAUUAUUUUAUGAUCACUUAUGUUUUGUUGAUUUAAAAGUUGAGAAUGUUGAAGAAUACAAUGCAUCUCCAGUUAGUUCUCACAAGUUCAAUAUUAGAUGGUGUAAGAAUUGCAUUUCUUCGUUCAA